AGUAUGAAAGUUGCAAAGAUAUGCUGUUAAAGAACUCAAAAUUAAAAGGAAAAGACGGUGUAUCUGAGAUACAUGUGGGCGAUGAAAAAAAGGAGGUGUUCUGUGACAUGACUACGGAUGAAGGCGGUUGGACUGUCAUCCAAAAAAGAAUCAAUGGGUGUACAGAUUUUUAUAAAACCUGGAGCGAAUAUAAAAAAGGAUUUGGAAAUCCUAACACUAACUACUGGAUUGGAAAUGACGCAAUUCAUAUUUUGACGGAGAAGAAGGAGCAGGUGCUUCGGGUUCAACUUCUAAGUUUUGAUGGAGAAGAGGCGCAUGCUGUGUAUUCAAACUUUCAUGUCGGGGAUGAGGACAGUGAGUACAAGCUCACUGUUUCGGGUUACAAUGGGACAGCAGGGGACAGUUUGGACUUGCACGACGGAAUGACGUUCGCUACAAAGGACAGAGAUUUUGAAGGUUGUGCGGUAGAGAAGCACGGCGCAUGGUGGUACACGCCCCAAAGUUGUCACUACUCCAACCUGAACGGAGAGUAUGCUGGAUCUGCUCUGCUUCGUGACAGAUACAUGGUCUGGUAUCAUUGGAAAUCUAAGUUUGUAGCGCUGAAAGGGACGUCGAUGAUGGUGAGACCCAACAAACUAGGUGGGAUUCAUCAGCGCAUUUCGGAGUGUAAUUGAUUGCUCAACAUGAAGUGAACAGUAUCAUGCCCCUUGAAACAAUUGAUAUGAAAUAUCUUGAUUAUAGUUUUGGAUUAUAUUAUCUAAAUUUAGCAAAAUCUGUUUUACAUGUACAACCUAAAUUUAUAAAAUCUUUA